UUUUUUGAUUUUUACACUUUGAGAAAUUUGAGUCCUGCUACUGGUACCGAUGGGUACCAAACCAAAAAUGCACCGACGGCUGCGCGGGGCCCUCUCCGGCCACCAGACAGCUGAUCCGAGCCAUCCAAAAAUUCUAAAAAAAAAAAAACCGAGUGGGCUAACGCGAGAAUCAAUGGCAUCCGACGUGUUUAAGUGCUCGAUCUAAACAUUUCAUUUUUUCGUAUAUACAUGUAUAUACAUAUAUACACGAAAAAUAGGGUGUUUAGAUCAAGUACCCUAAACACAUCAGAUGCCGUUGAUUCUUGCGUAGGCUCCCUCAUUUUUUUUUAAAAAUUUUUUGGACAGCUUGGAUCAGCCAUCUGGUAGUCGGAGACGGCCUGGCACGACCGUCGGUAUGAUUUCCCUACGGAAACUGUCGGUACCUAUAGGAUUUCUGGAGAAAUUUUAGUACACUAAAAAUUAACGAUAGAUAACCCCAAUCGGUUGGUCGAGUAGGCAAGACAUGUAACUUAAGAGUUUGUUUCCUCUUAAUGUCUCAUACUCGAAACUUCUUAAGUGCUACCAACUCGUUCGGUGACUCCAUAUGGAGCACCAGCCUCAAGUGGGGCAUAUGAUAGUGGACUAUAAAUUUAUGGUUCCCAAAAUUAAUCGAAAUAAGGUAAGAUGGUGCAGUCAACUUGUUAGUACGGAGUAUAAAAAAAUUAAAUAUGAACCACAGUCAAAAACUUUUCCAGUUAACAACUCCCUUGCUUUUCGUUAUCUCUUCCGGUCUUCCCAAUAUCUCGCGAUACAUCAUUAAACUAUUAGUAAUAAACUACUAGUAGUACUAAAUAUCCCAGUCUAAUUAAUUAAUUAAUAAUCCGGGCGAUUAAAGAAGGAGAAUGAAUAAAUGCAUAGUUUAAUAAACAACAAAAUACUACUAUUACUAUUACUAUUACUAAUUUAGUGAAUAAAAAAUUGGAUUGCUUGCUUUGAGAUCUUUGUUGUUUCUGUUGGCUUCUGAAACCACAGCAGAGCAGAGCUUCCUCAGAUCCGAAGAAAAAGGUGAGAGACAGCGGUAUUACGCAUACGAAAAAAUACGUCUACAUACAGACACAGAAAGAAAGCUAAAACCACCGAAAACCAACUUUAUACAUACAUAUACAUAUUUUUAUAUAUUAGCAGAUAUAUAUGGAUGGAUACGUACAUGUGUUUUUUGUAGUGAUCCAAAGAGUGGAGCAUUGAUGGAAUAAAUGCAGGGUGGAGCAUCUGUUUUUAAUUUUGGUGCAAGCAAAGGGGAUAGGCGCUGUCUGGCCUUUUUUUAUGGUCUGUCGGUUGCUGUUUCUCCGUUGAAGUGAUGUGAGAGAGAGAGAGAGAGAGAGAGAGAGAGAGAGAGUAUUUCCUUUUUGUGUGAGUGUGUGUGUUCAUCUAAGGGUUUUAGACUGAUGUUUUGUUUCUCGGUGGGAUUUUGACGAGGAGAGAGAGAGAGAGAGAGAGAGAGAGAGAGAGAGAGAGAGAGAGAGAGAGAGAGAGCGGAGGUUUCGUGUGUGUAGUUGGUUACUGAUAUUUCUGUAGAGAGAGGAGAGAGAGAGAGAAGAUAUUACGCUCUGUAUUUUCUUGGUGCAAUUCGUCAAGCAUAGAUCUUGUUGAAACUCGGGGGAAUUGAACCGUUUAAUUUUCCAUGAUUUACAGUUGAUUGAGUUCGAUGUGAAGCGUAAUUUUGCUAUUGAAACGAGUCAAUACCGCUCUCCUCCCCGAUAAUUAAGGCUUUUGUGGCACCGAUUAUCUAUGAUUCCCAGAGAAUUGAAAUCUGUGAAAUUGAAGAAAUAAAGCUUUCUGGGUGCAAUGAUGAAUUUCCGUUGAAUCUGAUACCGGUUCUUGUUUUUCGGUAAAUCGCCGGUAAAGAUAUUUCUAGAAGCCAAGCUGUUGAGAUUCGUAUCCUAUUUCGAGUAUUGAGAUGAAGCCCCUGUAGCAAACACUCCAAUCCCCGGCACAAUUCUGAUAGAGAGAAAGAAUUCCUUUUGGAAGAUACAGCAUGUAAAGAAGAAAGGGGUUUUCCAUGAACUUGUUUGAUUAGUCACACACACAGUCUUUGAGUUCGAUGAUUACGUUUAUCGAUUCGAAAGAUAAGAUGAAAGAUACUGAGAAAUGCUUAGAUUCCCAAUUAUGGCAUGCCUGUGCCGGCAGCAUGGUGCAAAUGCCAUCUGUGAAUUCCAAGGUGUUCUAUUUCCCCCAGGGGCAUGCCGAGCAUUCAUUUGGAACUGUCGAUUUCAGAAAUUGUCCGAGAAUUCCUUCUUAUAUUGCCUGUAGAAUUUCUGCUGUUAAGUUCAUGGCCGAUCCUGAAACGGAUGAAGUUUAUGCCAAAAUUAGGUUAGAUCCCCUUAAAAGUAGUGAGGUUGAUUUCGAAGAUGAUGGGAUUGGGGGAAUUAAUGAACUUGAUUCACAAGAGAAACCCUCUUCGUUCGCAAAGACAUUAACACAAUCGGAUGCUAAUAAUGGUGGAGGGUUUUCGGUCCCUCGUUAUUGUGCUGAGACGAUCUUUCCGCGGUUGGACUACUCUGCCGAUCCUCCAGUUCAGACCAUCCUAGCCAAGGAUGUUCAUGGAGAAACUUGGAAAUUCCGUCAUAUUUAUCGCGGAACCCCAAGGCGCCAUCUUUUGACUACCGGGUGGAGUACUUUUGUGAACCAAAAGAAGUUAGUUGCAGGGGAUUCUAUCGUGUUCUUAAGAGCGGAAACUGGGGAUCUUUGUGUUGGGAUCCGGAGGGCAAAGAGGGGAAUUGGAGGUGGGCCUGAAUCGUCUUCCGGGUGGAAUCCCGCCGGUGGGAAUUGUGUUAUUCCAUAUGGAGGGUUUUCGGCAUUUUUAAGGGACGAUGAGAGUAAGUUGAUGAGAAAUGGUGAUGGUGGGAAUUCUAGUGGUAGUGGAAGCUCUACGAGAAGGGAGAAAGUGAGGCCUGAAUCAGUUAUUGAAGCUGCGACCUUGGCUUUCAAUGGACAGCCAUUUGAGGUUAUUUAUUACCCUCGAGCUAGUACUCCAGAGUUCUGUGUGAAAGCGUCACUUGUGAAGGCUGCAUUGCAGAAUAGGUGGUGUUCGGGGAUGAGGUUCAAGAUGCCAUUUGAAACUGAGGAUUCUUCGCGGAUAAGUUGGUUUAUGGGAACUAUUUCUACUGUUCAGGUUGCUGAUCCCAUUCGCUGGCCUGAUUCGCCUUGGAGACUUCUCCAGGUGACGUGGGAUGAGCCAGAUUUACUUCAAAAUGUGAAACACAUAAGCCCAUGGCUAGUGGAAUUGGUCUCAAACAUGCCCACCAUCCAUAUUUCUCCUUUCUCACCUCCGCGAAAGAAGAUGAGACUACCACACCACCCUGAUUUUCCUUUCGACGGACAAAUUCCAAUGCCAACAUUUUCCAGCAACCUCCUUGGGCCCACCAGCCCCUUCAAUUGUCUUCCCGACAAUGCUCCUGCUGGCAUGCAGGGAGCCAGGCAUGCUCCAUAUGGGUUAUCUUUAUCAGAUCUGCACCUCAAUAAACUUCAGUCAGGCUUUUUUCCAACCACCUUCCCACGGUUUGAUAAUGUUUCCGUCCACAAUAGACCUUUGAAUCCCCCUAUCACCUACAAACCAAAUAGCAAUGAUGAUGUUUCUUGUUUACUAACAAUGGGAAUUUCUAACCAAACUUCAAAGAAACCAGAAAAUCGAAAAGGAAACCAAUUGGUUCUUUUUGGUCAACCGAUACUCACUGAACAGCAGAUCUCUUUGAGUUGCUCUAGGCAGACAGGUUCCCCAGUUCAAAAUGGAAAUAUUUCAUCAGAAGGGAUUGGUGAUAAGAUGGAAAAUAUUUCUAACGGUUCUGCUGCUGCUUUUCAUCUACCGGUGAACUCGUGUAGAUAUAACCAUCCAGACACAGAUUCCGUCUUGGAAAUUGGUCAUUGCAAGGUUUUCAUGGAAUCAGAAGACGUGGGCCGUACUCUUGAUCUUUCCGUGCUUGGGUCUUAUGACGAAUUGUACAAAAAGCUAGCAAACAUGUUUGGCAUUGAAAGUUCAGAGAUUCUUAACCAUGUGCUCUAUCGAGAUUUGACCGGUUCUGUCAAGCAGAUUGGAGACGAACUGUUCAGUGAUUUUAUCAAGACAGCAAAAAGAUUGACAAUUCAAAUGGAUUCAAGUGGCGACAAUGUAGAGAUGGAAAGAAAAGACAAAAUAAAAGGACAUGGAUUAUCAACUGUACAACUUGAUGACUGAAUGCAAUGUCCCGUGCUAACUAUCUGAUCUUCAAGUUUUGUUGGUAAUAGGUGUAGUUUUGUUCAGACUUGCUACAAUUUUUUUUGUAGGAUUGUGUCUGUGAUUUUAGGCUUUUGAUAAUGGGUUGCCUUGUAAGAAAGCAAUUUGAUUAACCAUAAUGUGCUUGUUUUCUACAAGGGUGAGAUUUUUUAAUGUCUGAUGGUAAUUGACAGAGAUACAUUUUGGUUUUCCAUGUGCUUGUAUAGUUUAGAUUGUGAAUUAGGGGAAAUAAAGCCUUGUGUCUUUGACUUGUC